CAAAGAUGAUCACACCGUGUGUGAUAUUUCUCCUCCUUAAACAAAUAGAUCAUGUUCCAGCUGUAGCACAAUCCCCAGCCAUUCAUCUCAUAUCACCCAAUGUUGGAGACACAGUGACUUUGCACUGUUUCUAUGAAGGUGACAUGGCAGUAACAUUCUCCUGGUACAAGCAACCCUUUGGAAAUAUUCCUCGCGUCAUGUCAACAUUUUUUUUCAAGUAUGAUAGUGGCGCUACAUUCUACCAUGAGUUUAAAGGUAACCCUCGCUUCUCAGUGGAAAGUGACGAAGGAAAAAAUCACCUAAGAAUCUCAGACAUGGAACUCUCUGAUUCAGCCUUAUACUACUGUGGGAGCGCUUAUGGAAACAAGGUGGAGUUUGGAGAAGGAACCAUUCUCAUUGUGAAAGGUUCAGAGUCCAACAGUAAGACAGUUGUACAUCAGUCUGUCUCUAAAUCAGUCCAGCCAGGAGACUCUGUGUCUCUAAACUGUACGAUACACACUGAGACCUGUGCAGGAAAACACAGUGUCUAUUGGUUCAGACAUGGCUCAGGAGAAUCCCGUCCAGGAAUAAUUUACUCCAUUGGAGACCGAAGUGAUCAGUGUGAGAAGAGCUCUGAGUCUUCCACACAGAGCUGUGUCUACAACCUCCCCAAGAGGAACCUCAGCCUCUCUGAUGCUGGGACUUACUACUGUGCUGUGGCCUCAUGUGGGGAGAUACUGUUUGGGAACGGGACCAAGCUGGACAUUGACCAUGGUUGUAAGGAGGACCAUCUUCUGUUCAUGUAUUGCCUUGGCGUAGCGUUGGGUCUGUGUGUCCUCCUCAUCAUUGUCCUUACUUGUGUUUUGUACAAGAUGAGCAAGUGCAUAGGAACCCACCUUCAGCUGGAUACUCCUGCAGUCUCCAGUCAUGAUAACCAGGAUCAAGGUGUUGACACACUCCAUUACGCCGCUCUGAACGUCGCCCACAAGAAACCAAAGUCCGGGAGACAGAGGAGCGCCAUGGAGACAGACACUGUGUACUCUGGGGUGACUCCAAAACAUGGACUGAAACGUGAACUUUUCCUCUUUAAUACCUUGAAUUGAUUUUGGGUGUUCUACACUGUAUGUAUAAUUAUGGG